GCCGGCCGGGGCGGGGGUGACACUCUUCCCUCCUCCUCGCGUUAGUUCCGGUCGCAGAGGAGACACCGCCGCAGUUGCCGCCACCUCGGGGAUUUCUGGCUCUUUCCUCUUCGCCUUAAAUUCGGGUGUCUUUUAUGAAUAAUCAAAAGCAGCAAAAGCCAACGCUAUCAGGCCAGCGUUUUAAAACCAGAAAAAGAGAUGAAAAAGAGAGGUUUGACCCUACUCAGUUUCAAGACUGUAUUAUUCAAGGCUUAACUGAAACUGGUACUGAUUUGGAAGCAGUAGCAAAGUUUCUUGAUGCUUCUGGAGCAAAGCUUGAUUACCGCCGUUAUGCAGAAACACUCUUUGACAUUCUGGUGGCCGGCGGAAUGCUGGCCCCAGGUGGUACGCUGGCAGAUGACAUGAUGCGGACAGAUGUCUGUGUGUUCGCGGCACAAGAAGACCUAGAGACCAUGCAAGCAUUUGCUCAGGUUUUUAACAAGUUAAUCAGGCGCUACAAAUACCUGGAGAAAGGUUUUGAAGAUGAAGUAAAAAAGCUGCUGCUGUUCUUAAAGGGUUUUUCAGAGUCGGAGAGGAACAAGCUGGCUAUGUUGACUGGUGUUCUUCUGGCUAAUGGAACACUUAAUGCAUCCAUUCUUAAUAGCCUUUAUAACGAGAAUUUGGUUAAAGAAGGGGUUUCAGCAGCUUUUGCUGUAAAGCUCUUUAAAUCAUGGAUAAAUGAAAAAGAUAUCAAUGCCGUGGCUGCAAGUCUUCGGAAAGUGAGCAUGGAUAACAGACUGAUGGAACUUUUUCCUGCCAAUAAACAGAGCGUUGAACACUUCACGAAGUACUUUACAGAGGCAGGCUUGAAAGAACUUUCGGAAUAUGUUCGGAAUCAGCAAACCAUAGGAGCUCGAAAGGAACUCCAGAAAGAGCUUCAAGAACAGAUGUCCCGUGGUGACCCAUUUAAGGAUAUAAUUUUGUAUGUCAAGGAGGAGAUGAAAAAAAACAACAUCCCAGAACCUGUUGUCAUUGGGAUAGUCUGGUCCAGCGUCAUGAGCACCGUGGAGUGGAACAAAAAGGAAGAGCUUGUAGCAGAGCAAGCCAUCAAGCACUUGAAGCAAUACAGCCCUCUACUUGCUGCCUUUACUACUCAAGGUCAGUCUGAGCUGACUCUGUUACUGAAGAUUCAGGAGUAUUGCUAUGACAACAUUCAUUUCAUGAAAGCCUUCCAGAAAAUAGUGGUGCUUUUUUAUAAAGCUGAGGUCCUGAGCGAGGAGCCCAUUCUGAAGUGGUACAAGGAUGCGCAUGUUGCAAAGGGGAAGAGCGUCUUCCUUGAGCAAAUGAAAAAGUUUGUAGAGUGGCUCAAAAAUGCUGAAGAAGAAUCUGAGUCUGAAGCUGAAGAAGGUGACUGAAUUGUGAAACUACACCCUCAGUAAAGCAAACAGGAGUUGUAGAUAAAAUGUCAUGUCUCAUGUGUCCUGGUUCUUACAUCUUCCUACCUCCCUAUAUCAAGCAUGAUAUAAGGGCUUUCAUGGCAAAUUUUAUUUUAACUGUUUCUAUGGUUACUGGAAAUGUUGGGUUUAGUUUCUAAAACCAUGUUUUAAGUAGCUACAGGAGCUAUAGAUUUGAAUCUAAUGUUGCAUUAGUCUUUUCAGUUAUCUUCUACCUCCUGUAUUUUCUACUGUAAUAAUGUAAUUUAAGGCCUUCCACAAUGAACAGUUCACUUUAUUCCCUGGGUUUUCUAUAUAAACAGUUUUCAAGAUAUGAUUUGGUUAAAAAUAAUUUGUUAUAAAUAUUCUGUUUGCAAAUUAAACUGUAAAAGUAUCCAAAGUCUCAAAAGGCAAUGAUUUGUGUGAUAAUUUGGUAUGCCCAAAGCCCUGCUCAUCAAUGAAAAUCUCAUAUACAGUAAUUGAAUUCAUUAACAUGAAUCUUGAGUAUUUGGACCAUUGCUUGCAUGUUGAUAUUUUCUUAAAUUUUUAACCCUGGGUGUUCUUGAACUCAGUUGUUUGCUCUCUGGUUUUCAUCCUUUAGUAGAGCCAUAGAGAACAAGCUUAAAAGUGAGUUCUUUGGGAAAUUUUAUAUGGCGGAGGUAGUGGGAAGAAGAAAAGUUGAGCUUUUUCCCAUUGAGAAACUUCUGCAUUCAGUUUGUAUCUUUCCCUGAAAAACAGAGGGAUAUUCUUCUCUUUACACCCAUUUUCAAAUGUACCUUAGUAAAAUCUUGUCAUUUAAAGUAUUUUACACUUAUCGUGCACUUCGUUUGAAGUUUUGGAAAGGACCCAAAAGAACGUGAGUUAGGGGCGCCUAGCUGGCUCAAGUCGGUAGAGCAUUUGACUCUUGAUUUCAGGGUCAUGAGUUUGAGCCCCACACUGGGUAUAGAGAUUACUUCUUGGGGAAAAAAAAUAGUGUGAGUAAAGGAAAUGAUUAUACUAAACCCAGUGAGUUAAAUGUUAAGUGGUCAGCAUGUUCUAAUUGAGACUCUAAGUGUAACUCAUUUCCUCUUGGCUUGAAGUAUUUCUUGUAAAGAAUGAAGUGUAAUGGCCAUACAUUCCCACCUGACCACACUGGGUCAGCUUCAUUCACGUAACACGCUUCCAGCUGGAGUGGCAGGCUGUUAACAUACCCACGCUGCCAUCUUUUUAAAUUGCCAUGAGCCAAAUAUCUCUUUUGUACAAUUGAUCCAUUUAUUUUAAUGGCUGCCUUUUAACUUCCAUUUUUCUUUUCUUGCUGCUACCCAUAUAUAUAUUUUAUAUAUAUAUGUAUAUAUAUAUACACAUAUAUGUGAGUGUGUGUGUGUGUGUGUGUGUGUAUAGUCAUUAGAAAACAAAAUACAACCACUUUGGUGGAGAAACUUCAUGUUAAAAGUGAACAUUUUGAGAGGUUUUUUUUUCUCUUGAUGAAAGAAACAAACUUGGAAUAAUGCCACCAGAGACUGAAUGGAAAUUGCCCCUUUCAAAGGUGCCAUUCUCAUGAGCCAAGAAUUUGAGGGAAUAACGUGUAAUAUAUAACCUUAUGAAGAAGAGCGUUAUAACAGACCAUUGUGAAUGGGGUGAAAUUGUUAAAUGAAUAAUUUUGAUAAAGUUUUCAUGCACAGGCAAAAUGUAUUCACUAGGUUUCUACAUAGUGAUCUGCUUUUACUUUGUAAUUUGUAGUCCUCAAAAGACUUUUUUUAAAAAAUAAAGUCCAUCCUUACACUUAGGUUAGAGGUCAGUCUUUCAUUUGUUUAUUUCUGUAUAUUCCAUGUCAAUACCUAAGAGUGGGUAUAUGUUAUGUGUUCAGAUGUCUCUGCUGUGUUAAGCAUUGAGUAAUUGUCCUUCUCAUCCUUACGAUUCCCAAACCAAACACCCACACAGAAUUCUGAUGUAGCGAAAACUACAUUUAAUAUAUCUACAGCCAAACCAUUGCAUGUUACUGUCGUACAGAGUGUACCCUAUUUUAUUAUAUACUGUGUAUAGUGAAAGAGUGUGUAGUCUUCCAGAACUACAUUAUGAACUUUGUCUGAUCGUAGUUUUUUCCCUUCAUAAUGACAAAGUAGUAUUUUACUUACUACAGUAUUAUAGUAAAUGGAUAAGUGUAAAGAAAGGGAAUGCUUCCUCAAGACUGCAGAUUUUCAUUUUGAAUUUUAAUUGGUAAUUUUGGAACUCCGCCUCCAGUGCCCACUUAUGGCAUCAAAUAUGUAAUGCUUAAUCUAGAUGUUAAAAUUGUACUUGUAAUUAUGAUUGGAUAAAUGUUAGUUGAUUUUCCAAACUUGGUGUUGGUUUCUAAGGAUAAGUCUUCUUAGGUGCCAUAAUUAAACAUGUUUAGAGCUGAUCAUAGGUUUCUUAAGUAUUGUCCUAGGGAUAUUUAUUAUUCUGUUUCAUGAAAAUUCCAAAUACCAAAAAUUCUACAUUUUGACAAAGCAUAGUGAUGGUGGUGAGAGGAAAUGCAUGUGACUAAGAGUUGUAUAACUGCUUUACACAUGAAAAAGAGUAAGUGAUAUUUUUGUUGGCUUUUGGUCCCGCAUGGCAGUGACAUCACUCCUACUGCAAAUGCAUGACCUAGUGUAUCUUCUUUUAAAGGGGAGGGGACCUAAUGAUAGCCAUUUGCAUUGGCAGACAUCUCUUAAUGCACAUGUGUCUCCUGAGACAGGAUUUUUCCUGCCCAUCUUUACAAUUGGACUUUACACCGCGGCCCGCCAUAGGCAACAGACAUAUCAUUCCCCACUGGCUUGGAAGGUCUUCACGGAUUCUUACUUGAUUGUAAAUGUUACAUUAAGUAAAAUCAUUUGGGAUCCUUCUAAUAUAUAAAAGUCAAAAUCCUAGGUGAAUGGUUUAAAGUCGUUAGGCUAACACGUGGAUAAUGGUAUUGAAAUUUACUGAUGAAACUACAGGAGAUUAGGAACUGACAGAAAUAUUGGUUGGCUUUAGGUGUAACAGAUGCCAAAAUUUUAGUGUGCAUAAUCACUUGGACCACUGGAUUACCUUUGUGAAAGUUUUCUUCAGACGCUAUUUACAGGUGUCACGUAAAAUAGGUUAAGCAUUUCUGUGAGAAUUCUGGUAAAUUGCCUUGCCAAGAUUUUUAUGUAAAGUAUUAAUCCUUUAGCAUUGAUAGAUUGUGUUUCUUUUCACCAGCCUACUGAGGCCUAAAUUUUUAAAAUAUAAUUAAGUAAGUUUUUCAGUAGGUUUUAUUUAAGUGGACUCUCGAAGAUGUAUGUACUUUUGACUUCAAAAUAAUUUAUAAUUGGCUUUUGUUUAAAAAUGAAUUGCAGUGGAUUUGUGCCUCAACCCAGUCAUCCCUAAUUGUAUGACAAUGUGGAUUAGAAAGCCUUCCCGACUCCCUCUGCCAGCUUUUUCCUCCCUGUUUAACUGGGCAAUGAGCAGCCAUAUCAAAUCCAAGCCAUUUUUAAAAAUCUCUUUUUGAUUUAAAUUAAUUCAGUUAGCGUGAUGUAUUAGUUUCAGAGGUCGAGGUCAGUGAUUCGUCCGCCCUGCAGAACCCCCAGUGCUGGUUUCGGCACACGCGCUCCUUCAUGCCCAUCACCCAGCUGCCCCACCCGCCACCCCUGCCCCCCCAGCAACCCUCAGUUUGUUUCCUCUGAUUAAGAGUCUCUUCUGGAUUGUCUCCCUCUCUGGUUUUGUCUCUGUUUUUUUCCUCCCUUCCCCUAUGACCCUCUGUUCUGUUGCUUCAAUUCCACAUGUGAGUGAGAUCAUAGGAUAAUUGCCUUUCUCUGGCUGACUUCUCAAAUCCAGUCUUUGUUGUUUUUCAUGCCCUUACAGUUUUUUCUCGUUCCAACGCACUGAAAAAGGAUGAGGGCACUUGGCAGAUGCGCUUAGUCGCUGUCAACUUAGUCAUUUGUUUUGACUUAGAAAUUUUUAAUAAGAACCUUACUUAAAUGAAAAGUUCAGCUGCUUGUGGUGCCCACUGUAGUGCCAUAGAGGAGGAAACACUGGUGAGAAAUCUGAGUCUUGUUUUGUCGACUAUCUGAAGGGAACAAUACCUUGUUCAAACUAUGACAUAAUUAGAAAGUCGAUGACUGUUAAGCGCAGGCUUGGGAAUUGCAUCAAGUGUAUACGUUGAAUUUGGGGUGUGACAAAGUUUUCAAAUAUAGUUGAGCUAUUCCACUUCAGGAGUUUCCAUUCCAUAGAACUGUUUUACAAUAAGGACAAAAAUAGUUGAAACCAUUUUUUAAAGCUGAAAGCCCAAGGGCUGUGCUUAAGCGGUUGACCUAGAGGUUACUCUGUUAGGGAAAUAAGGGACCCAUUAUAGACUGAAGCCUCUAUUACUUC